AUGGGUUCGAAUAAAAAAAAGCAAAGGAAGGGAGAAACCGGCGGGGCUAAAGGAUCCGGCGGAGCGGGGGAGGAAGGACGACAAAUGAUUACGGAUCCAAGGUUUUCGGCGGCGCACACGGACCCGAGAUUCCGUAGGGUUCCGAGGCGUGAAUCCAAAGUCGCUCUUGACUCUCGUUUCAAAGGGGUGCUCACGGACAAGGCUUCUGCUCCGGUCGAUAAGCGUGGGAAGCGGAGAAGAGGAGCAAGUGCGAAGGAUUCUCUCAAAGAGUAUUAUCGUAUAGAAGAAGAUGAGAAGGAGAAGAAGUCGGAAAAAAAGAGAAAGAAGGAGGACAGUGAAGAGGAAUCUGUGGAGGAGAGCGAGGCUGAACAGGACUUGAUCGACCUUGAAACUAGCGAGGCCGAAUCUGAGGAAGAGAUCAAGGGUGAGAAAAAGCUUGGUCUGGAUACGGGUUCUUCCGAUGAAGAAUCUGAUGAGGAAGCGGAGUCUGAACGCGAAGAGGUUUCCGAGGAGGAUACCGAUGAGGACGACGAAGCUAUUUAUGAAGACGACGGACCAGAUGUUGCGGAAGAGGACAUAACCAACAUCGAGAAAGAAACUCACAGACUGGCUAUUGUUCGCAUGGACUGGAGAUAUGUCUCGGCCAACGACUUGUACGUAGUCUUGAAUUCGUUUGUGCCGAAAGAUGGUCGCAUUUUGUCAGUUGCGGUCUAUCCAACGGAUUUUGGACUUGAGCGAAUGAAAGAGGAGGAAAUCCAUGGACCCGCCAUUGAUGGCGGCAAAAAGAAAGAAGAUAACGAUGAUGACGAAGAGGAGGAGGAGGAAGACGAGGACGUCAUCAAUGAGGAACUGCGUGAUUACGAAAAAAGUAGACUAAAGUACUAUUGCGCUGUUGCCGAAUGUGAUUCAGUUGCUACUGCAGAUCACUUGUACAAAUCAUGCGAUGGAAUCGAGUUUGAGAAAUCCUCUAACAAGCUCGACUUAAGAUUUAUUCCUGAUUCCACGGAGUUCAAGCAUCCACCUCGUGAUAUUGCCACCGAGGCACCUGCUAAUUAUGAAGGUUUAGAUUUUCAGAGCCGAGCACUGCAGUUGAGUAAAGUUAAUCUUUCUUGGGAUGAAGAUGAGCCGCACCGCACGAAGACCUUAAAUCAAAAAUUCAACCCUGAUCAGUUGGCACAUCUCGAGUUGAAUGAGUAUUUAGCUUCCGAUGAUGAGAGUGAAUCUGAUGGUGAUGCCAGUAGAAAAGAGAAGUACCGAGCUUUAGUGCAAUCUGUAGAUGCUGAUUCUGAUAAAGACGAGGAGGAUGAGGAGAAAGGCCAGGAUAUGGUAGUAACAUUCAAUCCCGGGCUAGAAGAUCUGAGUAAACAAAUUCUUGAAAAGAAAAACCAGGAACCAGAAACAGUCUGGGAGAGUGUUCAAAGGAAGGUACGCGAGAAGAAGAGAGCUAGAAAGAAUAAAGAGAAGGAUGAUGAUUCUUCUCCGAGUGAAGAUGAUGAAGACGAUUUCUUUGCGGAGCAGCCUCCAACUAAAAAGAAGAAGAAAGAAGGAAAGACGGCGAUGAAGAAGAAGAAGGGUUUGGAGGAGGAAGAAAGAAGCAGAGCGGAGCUAGAAUUGUUACUACUAGCAGAUGAGAAUGCAGGAGUCGAUAAUGGUCAUAAAGGGUAUAAUAUUAAACGGAAGAGUAAAAAGAAAAGUAAAGAAAAUGCAGAAGAGAAGAUACCUGCGGUUGAUCUUCUUGAUGAUGUUAGAUUCUCAGCUGCAAUCUCGGAUCCUAACUUUGCUCUGGACCCGACGGAUCCACAGUUUAAAAGGAGUGCGACUUAUAUAAGGCAAUUAAAUCAGAAGCAAAAGGGAGAUCCGAGAAGCCAAGAGGAAGAAGCGAAAGCUGCGGAGACAAAGGCGAAAGAAGAGUCGAAUAAUAAGAAAAAGGGAUUGAAGUAUGCAGAGUCUAGCGCUGUCAAGUCACUCAAGCUCAAGAUUCAGCAGAAGGGUUCCGAGAAGAAGAAUAAAGCGCCAAAUGCCGAGUUGGCUCAGCGAAUGAAGAACAAAGCCAAAGCUUUAUCAAAUAAUUAA